AUGGCCGGGCUUAUAGCAAUGGUGUCGGUGUUCCUCGUUGUUACGGUUGAAAUGUUCUUUGCAAGUCAAGGCGCGGCACAUGUCCAUGGCAUAGAUUACGAUGAACUCAUAAGAGAUGUCAGUCCGAAGGAAAAUCGAAAAGAGAAUAAACAAAGACGGCGGGAGGAAUAUAUUCAGUUAUCGAAUCAAGAUCAUGCAAUGAGAGAGAGUUUGAUCCGCUCUCCCAAUUCCGAUGGUCAAGGUGCUUCCCAUAACAAUGAGGCUGACCCUGAUAUGGAAGAAGAGAUGGUUCCCUACAUGGACGAGGAAACAGCAACUCUUGUCUCUCCGCGAAAUGGACCACGGAUAUCCGUCGACAGCCCUCGAAGCCCACCACUUAAUAAACAUGUACGACAAGACAGCACGUCUGUCCCAUUGCAAAACCCCCAGAGACAACUUCUUCAAUGCCUUCUCCUUGAAGCCGGCAUCCUCUUCCACAGCAUCUUCAUUGGCAUGGCUCUCAGCGUCGCCACGGGCACGUCGUUUAUAGUGCUCCUAGUGGCGAUUUCAUUCCACCAGACAUUCGAAGGCUUCGCAUUAGGAUCACGAAUCGCGUCCCUAAUACCAAGUUUAUUCCCCCCCUCUUCCUACAAGCCAUGGCUCAUGGCUUUCGCAUACGGCACAACGACGCCUAUAGGCCAGGCCCUCGGUCUGGUACUGCAUAAUCUCUACGAUCCGGCUAGCACCACGGGGCUAUUGAUGGUCGGUUUCACAAACGCGAUUAGCAGCGGCUUGCUGCUCUUUGCGGGACUCGUGGAGCUUCUUGCAGAGGACUUUUUGAGUACAGAGAGCUACGAGACUCUCAACGGAUGGCGGAGAGUGGAGGCGUGUCUUGCAGUUCUCGGCGGUGCUAUGCUUAUGUCGAUUGUAGGGGCGUUUGCAUAG